GUGUCAUGGAUCUUCUUUGCACUCCCGUAGCAAUAAGUUUAGCUCUAGUAGUUUUAGCUUUACUUGCGAUCAGAUCCCAUGCGAGGAAAAGAUUGCGGAGUUCUGAGAUGACAAAGAGAUACCAUCCUGUUGUCACAACCUUCUUACACGCCCUCGUCAACUUUCACAGGCUGCACGAUUUUAUCACUGAGUUUGCAUACAAACACAAAACUUUCAGGGUACUUAACUUGUUCGUAAAUUACGUUAUUACUGUGGAUCCUGCAAAUCUCGAAUACAUUCUCAAAACGAACUUCGCAAAUUAUGGCAGGGGGUUAUACAACUACGAAAUUUUGACAGAUGUUUUGGGCGAUGGGAUCUUCGCUGUGGAUGGCGAAAAAUGGAUACAUCAAAGGAAGUUAUCUAGCUAUGAAAUAUCAACCAAAGUAGUAAAAGACUUCAGCAAUGGAGUUUUCAAAACCAACGCAGUAAAGCUUGCUGGGAUCAUUUCUAAAGCGGCAACCUGCGGCCAAGUCAUAGAGAUCCAAGAUUUGAUUAUGAAAGCGGGGUUCGAUUCAGUCGUCAAGAUUCUGCUUGGAAUGGAAGUAGAUACCAUGUAUGGGACAAAUGAAGAAGGCACCCGGUUUGCCCAUGCUUUCGAUGAAGCAAACAAACUUACCCUGCAUCGUUUUGUUGAUUUCUCCUGGAAAAUCAAACGGUUCCUCAACAUUGGGUCAGAAGCAAAGCUGCGAAAUGAUAUUAAACUGAUGGAUCAAUUUAUUUAUAAAUUAAUCAACAGAAAGAUUGAAACAUCCCAUAAUUCAUCAGAGGAUGAGCUACCUGCAUUGAAGAAGGGAGACAUGAUUUCAAGGCUUUUGGAAGUGAGAGGGAAUGAUCCAAAGUACUUGAGAGACUUGAUUUUGAGUCUCAUUGUUGCCGGCAGAGACACAACGGCGAGCACUAUUACAUGGGUUAUUUAUAUGCUCUGCAAGCACCCUCAUAUGCAAGAAAAGGUUGCGAAGGAAGUUCGAGAAGCGGCAAAUCUGAAGGAUGAUUCAAGCAUUGUUGAACUUGCAGACGGUCUUAAUGAAGAAGCCCUUAACAAAAUGCAGUAUCUCUAUGCAGCUUUGGCCGAGACACUCAGGCUCUGCCCUUCAGUUCCACUGAAUGCAAAGAUCUGUUCAUCUGAUGAUACAUGGCCAGAUGGAUUUAGUGUCAAAAAAGGUGAUAUGGUGGCAUACAAUGCUUAUAGCAUGGGCAGGAUGACGUAUCUAUGGGGUGAUGACGCACAAGAAUUUCGGCCAGAGAGAUGGCUAAACGAAAAUGGCGUUUUCCAGGAAGAAAGCCCUUUCAAAUUUAUAGCCUUCAGCGCGGGUCCAAGGAUUUGUUUAGGGAAGGACUUUGCUCAUAGAGAGAUGUUCAUCUUUUCUGCUGUGCUUUUAGGGAGCUUUAAAUUCAAGUUGAAAGAAGAGAACAAAGUAGCCCGUUACACAACCAAGGUCACCCUCCACAUUGAUGGGGGCCUUCAUGUCCAUGCCUCUCUUAGAUAAGGAUGCUCCCCUGGAAAGCGCUUCAGCUCUACUGUAUACGCUAUAUCACUGGAUGUAUUAAUCGCUUUUUUAUCUCAGUUGUUGCUCUAAGAGCACAUCUACUGGCGAAAUAAAGAAUAAAGAAGGUUAUCAACCAUCUAUAUUACA